GUAUCAUCGAUGCGUUGUGUUUUGUUUUUUUUUUGCGCUUAAUUAUGUUUAUUGCAGCUCUGAUUUAUAAUGCAACUCCGCCUGAUACGUUCCUAUGCCAGCAAGCCCAGACGCGAACACUAUGCCAGCAGCACCGUCAAAAUAUAUCGCAAGGUGAAACCCCUGCCACAAAAAGCCGCCAAAGCCAAACAGCAUCCACAAAACGCGAGUGUGGAAGUAUCAGGCGAUGGCGAAUACUCGGAGAACCUCGUCAAGGUUCAGAUGAUCUCGCAGAACUUGCACAGGCAAAUAUUCCCCGAAACACCUCGCCACACCUCGGAGGAGCAGAUAGCCGCAGCCAGGCAGUACAAGGAGGACUUGCGCCGCCAUGGAGUCGAUAUUGAGAGCAGCUCGCCUGUGCCGGAUGUACAGCUAAAGUUGCCGGCCUUGCAGGGACAAAACAUCGAAGAGCACUUCCACAGCAUAGCCAAGGAGCAGGUGGAACCUUAUGAGGAGCUCUUGCUGCCCCUGGUGCAGUGCAGCGAGCUGCCUUCGAAGCCGAAACGCUGGGCGUUUCUUGCCGGCUGGACAGCAUACGACCCAAACGAUGGCACAGCCACACCCGUCAAGCAGCCCAUGGAAAAGGGUCUCGUCUUCGAUGUGGAGGUGUGCGUCUCUGCCGGCCAAGCCCCGAUUCUGGCCACCGCCGUCAGCACGAAAAGAUGGUACUGCUGGGUCAGUCCGAAACUAACCAAACAUCGUUUGGCCGUGGAAAAAGUGGAAUCCUGUGAUGUGGGCGCGGACUUUGAGCGGCCGCACUAUACUCUGGAAGAGCUCAUACCCCUGGGAACCAUUGGACCCAGUCUGGUGGUGGGCCACAACGUUUCCUACGACAGAGCGAGACUGAGAGAGCAGUACCUGAUCGAGGACUGUGGCACGCGCUUUGUUGACACCAUGUCGCUGCACAUGUGCGUCAGUGGGGUGACCAGCUAUCAGCGGGCUAUGCUCAAAUCCAAGAAGGAGCCGGCUCCCGAGGAUCUCGGCUGGCUGGAGCAGAGCUCCCUGAACAGUCUGCUCGAGGUGCACCGUCUCUACUGCGGUGGGCAGGCGCUCUCCAAGGAGCCACGGAAUAUUUUCGUACAGGGCACGCUUGAUCAGGUGCGAACCAACUUUCAGUCACUCGUCAACUACUGCGCCGGAGAUGUGGAGGCCACGCACCGCGUGCUGCGGGUGCUCUAUCCCAUGUUUGGCGACCGCUUUCCGCACCCCGCCUCAUUGGCGGGAAUGCUGGAGAUGGGCUCUGCCUACCUGCCGGUCAACUCGAACUGGGAGCGGUACAUACGCGAGGCCCAGCUGACCUACGAAGAUCUCAGCAUCGAGGCCAAGUACCACUUGGGCCGUCGGGCCGAAGAGGCGUGCUCCCUGCUCUACGACGAGCAGUAUCGCGGCAAUCUCUGGCUCUGGGACGAGGACUGGGGAGUGCAGCAGCUGAAACUGAAACAGCCUCCCAAGCGCAAGCCUUUGCCGAAAGCGGAGCGCGAGGAGUCUGACCUGUCCAGUGAGCAGAUGCGCCUCUAUGCCAAGUUCCAGCACCUCUACGAUCAGCGGUCCUUGCUACCGGCUCGACGUCCCCUGCUUCCAGGAUAUCCCCAAUGGUACCGAAAACUGUGCCGAAAGCCUCCCACUGGCCACAAGGCGGACGACGCAGAGCAGGAGGACGAUCAGUGGACGCCAGGCGCCAGCGAGAUCAGCACAGGCAUGCAGAUUUCCCCAAAGCUGCUCUCGCUCUGCUGGGAGGGAUAUCCCCUGCACUACCAGCGGGAGCACGGCUGGGGCUUUCUGGUUCCCUUUCGCAACGAUGCAGCGGGAGUGGAGCGAAUCCCAAUUAAACAGCUGCUCGCCCGCUGUGCCGUGCCGGAGUUUGCGCGGCAGUGUGCCUCCCAGGAGGAGAGUGAUCUGGCGUUCGCCAUGCUGCCGGGACAGCUGGAGGAACACCUGGCAAAGAGGCAGCACUACAAGAAGCUCUCUCAGAAGCAGCAGCGCCUGGAAACCCAGUACCAAGGCUCUGGUGUGUGGUGCAACCAGGUGCUGGACGAUUGCUGCUUCUUUCUGAAGCUGCCGCACAAGAACGGACCUUCGUUUCGAGUGGGCAGCCCACUGUCCAAGGAUUUCCUCAACAAGUUCUCGGAGAAUGUGCUCAGCAGCGGCGAUCCCUUGUGCCAGGCUGCGGCGCGAGUCAUCGACAUUGCCCGCAUGAUGUCCUACUGGCGCAACAACCGAGAUCGCAUCAUGGGCCAAAUGGUGGUCUGGCUGGAGAAGGAGCACCUCCCGUCAGAGCUCACAGGUGGGGGGAUUGGUGGCCAGUCCUACGGCGCUAUUUGUCCCCAGGUGGUUGCCUGUGGGACUCUUACGCGCCGUGCCAUGGAGCCCACCUGGAUGACGGCCUCCAAUUCGCGUCCGAAUCGCCUGGGAUCGGAGCUGCGUUCAAUGGUGCAGGCCCCACCGGGCUACAGGCUGGUGGGCGCCGAUGUUGACUCCCAGGAGCUUUGGAUUGCCUCUGUUCUGGGCGAUGCCUACGCCUGCGGCCAUCACGGAGCCACACCCUUGGGCUGGAUGACGCUGAGCGGCAGCAAAGCGAACGGCAGCGACAUGCACUCCAUCACCGCGAAGGCCGUGGGCAUCUCCCGUGACCACGCCAAAGUAAUCAACUAUGCGAGGAUCUAUGGAGCUGGUCAGCAGUUUGCCGAGACAUUGCUCCGUCAGUUCAACCCCACUUUCAGUGCAUCGGAGGCCAAGGCCAAGGCCAUGAAGAUGUUCGCCAUCACCAAGGGCAAGCGGGUGUAUCGUCUCCGCGAAGAGUUCCACGACGAAUUGGAGGACAGAGCAUACAGCAGCUAUGAAGCCUCUCGUUUGGCCCUGCAGCGGAAUCGCACCUUGGGCGAGGUCUUCCACCGACCAAACUGGCAGGGGGGCACAGAGAGUGCCAUGUUCAAUCGCCUGGAGGAAAUAGCCACGCAAGCGCAGCCAAAAACUCCCUUUCUUGGCGGUCGGCUCAGCCGUGCCCUGGAGUCGGAUGGCGGACCAGAGCAGGAGCAACGCUUUCUGCCCACCCGCAUCAAUUGGGUGGUGCAGAGUGGUGCCGUCGACUUCCUCCACCUGAUGCUGGUCAGCAUGCGCUGGCUGAUGGGGCCGCACGUCCGCUUCUGCCUCAGCUUCCACGACGAGCUGCGAUAUCUGGUGCAGGAGGACAUGGCUGCCAAGGCGGCCCUGGCCAUGCACAUCACCAACCUGCUCACUCGCUCCUACUGUGUGUCCCGCAUCGGCCUGAGCGACCUGCCUAUGUCCGUGGCCUUCUUCUCCUCGGUGGAGGUGGACACGGUGCUCCGCAAGGAGUGCACCAUGGACUGCCAAACCCCUUCGAAUCCGCAUGGACUGCGCAUCGGGUAUGGCAUCCAACCGGGUCAGAGCUUAAGCAUAACCGAGGCGAUCGACAAGGCCGGUGGCAGUGAUGUGAGUCAAUGGCCAUGGAUCAAGCAGCAGAAAUGAUAACACCAGCAGUAGUUUAGUCCGCCCAAACGCUGCACCCAAAGUCAAUGUUUUCUGUUGAAUU